GGUACCUUUAUAUCUAUCUGAAAUGGCACCUCCAAGAUACAGGGGAGCAAUAAACAAUGGGUUCCAAUUUAGUGUAGGAAUAGGAGCACUUGUAGCCAACCUUAUCAAUUUUGGAACAGAAAAGAUCAAAGGUGGGUGGGGCUGGAGGAUUUCUCUGGCAAUGGCUGCAGCCCCAGCAUCAAUCCUAACACUAGGUGCACUGUUUCUCCCUGAAACUCCCAACAGCAUAAUCCAGAACAGUGAUGAUCAAAACAGGGCCAAAGCAAUGCUACAAAGAAUACGGGGCACAAGCAAUGUUGAUGCAGAACUUGAAGAUCUGAUUAGAGCAAGUUCAGUCUCGAAAACCAUCAAGCAUCCUUUCAAGAAAAUAAUACAGAGAAAAUAUAGGCCUCAGCUAGUGAUGGCAAUAGCCAUACCCUUUUUUCAACAAGUUACAGGAAUCAAUGUCAUAGCAUUCUAUGCUCCAUUACUGUUCAGGACGAUUGGAAUGGGUGAAAGUGCCUCCCUCAUGUCCUCUGUUGUGACUGGUGUCAUUGGAACAGGCUCUACAUUCAUAUCAAUGCUUAUAGUGGAUAAACUUGGCCGAAAAGCUUUGUUCAUAGGAGGGGGGAUCCAGAUGCUUGUGUCACAAGUAAUGGUUGGAGGAAUCUUGGCAGCUCAGCUAGGGGAUCAUAGUGCAGUGAGCAGAGGGUAUGCUUAUUUGGUCAUAGUAUUGAUAUCAGUAUAUGUUGCUGGGUUUGGUUGGUCUUGGGGGCCGUUGGGGUGGUUGGUUCCUAGUGAGAUUUUUCCUCUGGAGAUACGAUCUGCUGGGCAGAGUAUUGUUGUGGCAGUGAGCUUUCUCUUCACUUUCAUUGUUGCACAGACAUUUCUAACUAUGCUUUGCCAUUUCAAAUCGGGGAUUUUCUUCUUUUUUGGAGGAUGGGUGAUUGUGAUGACUGCAUUUGUCUACUUCCUGUUGCCAGAGACUAAGAAUGUGCCGAUUGAGCAGAUGGACAAAGUUUGGAGGGAGCAUUGGUUUUGGAAAGAAAUUGUGGGAGAAGCAUAUGAAGAUGCUAAGAAACAAGGCAUCAUUUGACAUAAACAC